AUGGCGGGGCGGCUGCUGCGCGGCGCCGGGCGGGCGGCAGCGGCGGGCUGGGCCCCGGCGCCCCGCGGCCUUCCCGGCCCGGGCCCUCGCGGCGGCUGCGGGGCGGCGGCGGGGCUGCGGGCCCCGGGCUCCGGCGAGGAGGCGGCGCGGCCGCGGGCCCCGGGCUCCGGCGAGGAGGCGGCGCGGCCGCGGGCCCCGGGCUCCGGCGAGGAGGCGGCGCGGCUGCGGGCCAUGGGCUUCGGCGAGGAGCAGGCGCGGCGGCUCCUGGCGCUGCAGCCCGAGCCGGGGCGCGGCGAGGCGGCGGCCGCGGAGCUGCUGCUGCUGGGGCUGAGCGCCGGCGCCGCGCUGGCGCUGCUGGAGCGGAGCCCCGCGCUGCUGCGGAUGCCGGCGGCGCGGCUGCGGGAGCGCGCCGGGGAGCUGCGGCGCCUGGGGCUGGACGGAGCCCCGCUGCAGCGGGCGCUGGGCCGUUUGCCGCAGCUCCUCACCGCGCCCCGGCGGAGGCUGGCGGCGGCCGAGCGGCUGCUGCGGGAGCGGUGCCUGUUCACGGCGGAGCAGCUGCGGGAGGUGCUGGCGACGUGCCCCGCCGUGCUGCUGGAGGAGCCGCGGUGCCUCCACCUGCACUUCCAGUACGCGUACUUCAGGAUGGGGGUCCGGCAGAAGGAGAUGGUGAAGGCUCGUCUCUUCCAAGUGCCUUUCGGCGAGCUGAGGAACCGGCACAUCUUCCUGGAGCGCCGGGGGCUCUACCAGACCCCGUACAAAGGCCAGACCCAAAGCAGUAACCCAAAGCUGAAGGACGUCCUUCGGCUCCCGGAGAAAGACUUCCUGGCCAGCAUGGCCUGCGCCAGCCCCGAGGAGUACGAGGUCUUCAAGAAGCUGCUGGCCCGAGAGGAGGAAGAGGAGGAGAAGGAGGAACAAGAGUCGGACAGCGAUGAAGACUCGGACGGCGAGGGGAGCUGAGCGGCGUUGAGGCUGCAGGGCGUGAGCUCUGCCCCGCGGCUGCGCGCCCCGGCCCCGCUGCGCCCAUGGGUGCUCUGGGCUCCCACUGCAGGGCUCCGUGUGCGGGGCAGCAAUAAAUCCAUCUUCCUGAA